AUGUCCAGGGCUUUCCUCGCGCACUGUCCCCGGCGCCGCCUGGUGAUCCACAUGGACCUCAAUAAGACCCUCCUCCAGGUCGACCCCGCCGGCGGUCGCUCCGUCGAAGACGUCCUCAACAGCAACGCCGCGGGUGUCGUCUAUGGCGUCGUCGACGACGCGGGCCUGUGGCGGCCCUGUUACGGCCCAAAGAACCGCCCCCCAACGGACCCCCUCCCACAGGACCCCGUUACAAAGGGGCCUACCCCCCCCAACGGACCCCCCGCCCUCAUCACCUACGCGGCCUACGUUGACGCGACCUACGGUGAGCCUGUGGGGAUGAGGGGGCUGCCGCUCGACCUGCGGCGCGCGCGUUGGGCCGAGGUGACGGCUCACCGACGCGCCGCGACCGGGGGCUUCACCGCACCGGGGGCAGUCGGCGAGCCAUAUGCAGACCUCGUGGAGGAGCAACGACGAUGCCUCGGUGGUGACGGUCAUCACAUCAUACCGGCCUUCUUCAAGCUGGUGAACCUGCUCUCCACCCAGGAUUGGCCUUUUACGUUGAUCUUUCGGACCUUCGGCGAGGAUUUGCCGAGGGUGCUCGAGGAGUGGCAGCGAUUUAUAAAAGGGGAACAUAAGUAUAGGCCGGAGGGGGUCGUUCUACAACGGAUGCGCGAAAAUGGCAUCCCACCACGAACGGGAUCUAUGUAUCGAAAUCACGAAAAGAUGUAUUUGUGUUUGGGCCCAUCGAGGUCGAUAUCCUCGUUCGGUUCAUUGAAUUUGGAAAAAAUAAAUCACUCCGACGUCGAAGCCACUCUAGUGGAGCUUCGAAAGCUCCCUAAUUGUUAUGACGUUCGACAAACUAGUUUUCAUCAGCUAAAUAACGAAUUAAUUCAGUUCUACGCAGAAUCUAACAACGUCGGGGGGUUGAUCGACUACUAUCCUGCUUGGGCGCAAGUUGCAGAACAAAGAAAUGGGGGAAAAGUUUUUCCUGUCCCCUUCUCUAAGCGCGAAGAAGACAUGAACUACUACGUCUUUUUUGACGACAAUAUUUUCAUUGGGGAUGAGCGAUCCAUCGUCGACCUGCGCGAUGCGUACACUGCGGAAAGUUUAAUUGGAAGCACUUUGGAGAGCCCAUUCUGCAUCUCGGUAAGCUCCUACGAGGCGAUCACGAACGAGGACUACUUCAUUGAUUGCCUGUGCGAGCGACUCCAGCUUCAGCUUAAGAUAUGA